AUGGAGCAAUACGAGGACAGUAUGAUACGCAGGGAACAAAGCAGGGAAGCUCACCCUGCGUGGCCCAAUUCACCAAUGGGAGUCCCCGCUGGUCGGUCUAAUCUCGGUCUAGUGUCCCGCCGCAUUACAACCUCCCCUGUUUUUGACGCAUCUCGGCAAAAGAACCAGAUUAUUACUUCGGACUCGCUGUUUUGCUGGUACUCAUUAGGAGAUAGAUACUCAAUUGGGUACAGUGCUACAUGGAUUGGGAAGGCGGAGUGUUUGACACUCCCCGGACCAUCUUAUCAUGAAUUACGGAGUAGCCAUGACAUACCUAUCGAUCUAUCGACUCCAGGGGAGCAAACGAGGCGAGGAGCUGCAUCCCUUUUGGUCUAUAGGCCAAGAAGCUUCUCUCCUGUCCUUCCGGGUAUCAGGGACACCCUUUCUUCCACAUCCAUCGCCCGGUCAUUUGCUAAGGAUCAUGCGAUGCUGAGUAUGAAUUUACCCCCAUCGUCCGCACUUCCAUUUACUACUAUCACCAUCCAUCAUGCACGCCUCGUUAAAGACUCGGAUUCAAGGUUUGUUGCAUCCCUUGUUUGGCAGUCGGGGCACGAUCCCAAAUACCAUGGGAUACAUGGAUACAUGGGAUACCAGUACUACCUCUUGGAGAGACUGCAGCCAAUACUAAUAGGGCUGAAUCACAUGAUGACUCUGCUGUGUCCGGCGAUGGAUGACUCAGCACUUUCAGCUUACUACGCAACCGCAACCAUCAGGUGA